GGAUAGAUAGGCAGCUGAUGACCAGAGGAGCAGCGGGAGGCGACCACUCAGUCUGUAGAGAGUGAAAUGAUGCCUGAAGAACCGCUCAAUCAGGGACAGUUGGAUUAAUGGGGGCAACUAUUGUUUGGAAAAUAAUUUAUUGGUUCAGAUUUUUUUGUGGAUUUCUAAUCGGGUCCAUGUCAAAAUGCCAUUUGCCAAACGGAUCGUGGAACCCCAGUUACUGUGCAGGCAUUCAGUCCCAAAAGAAGAGAGUUUGGUUUUCGAGGAUCUGUGUACGGUCAACAAUGUGGCUCUGUCCCGGACCCUACGACAGCUUUCCGACCUGGCCCGGCACGCCUGCUCUCUCUUCCAGGAGUUGGAGAGCGAUAUCGUGUUUACCAACCAACGGGUCCGGGGACUGCAGAGUAAAGUCGGUAAACUUCAGCAGUCUAUCUCCGGGUUAGACGCCAAGCAGGAGGCAGUACCGGUAUCAGACCUGGAUGUAGAGUGUAAGUUAUCAGACCACUACGUGUCUCCAUGGCUCCUCCAGAGGAAUGUGUUCCUGCCCUCCACCAGACCACCAUGUCUCCAGGAGCUGCACCGCACUGCACAGCAGGGCCUCAGGGCCAGCCACAGAGAUUACCAGCUGAGACAGCAAGCGAGCAGCAGAAGACGCAAAGUGACCAUCGCUGUCUCUGUGGCACCCCCUAUGCCCACGUACCCCUCACCACACUCUGCCAGGAGGAGACCGCAGAGGGGCUGGAGCCUGACUGCGUUUGACAGCCUCGCCCCCCGCUCCUCCUCCCUCACCGAAUGUUGCCACUUUUCUCCCUGGAGCAGAAAGGCUGCUCCUCCCUCUGACAGUCUCGGCCAACGACCUCGACACCCUGUCCCUAACGUUCCCUCCACGCUGGACAAGCAGACUAACUGGUCCAGAGUUCUCCCACUGCCCACACCUCAGGAGAGGAUGAAGAGCGACUCACAAGUCAUCACAUCCUGCGUCAUCCCAAUUAACGUCACUGGGGUUCAGUUCCACAGAGACUCUAGUGUGCACUGCUCGCUGAUCCACUCUCAGUCCGUACUUCAGAGGAGGAGGAAGCUGAGGAGACGGAAGACUGUCAUCGGGAUUCCUAGAAGUGUUCAGCAGGACCUAGAUUCUGAUGAGUCUCCGGGCGCCAGAGAGCGGACAGUGGUUGUCCGAUGCAACGCUGCGCUCUGUAGCGAGGACCUGUGCUGUCGUCUGAACACCAAGAAGGACUCUGGCUGCCAGACUGAAGAUUUCCUGGUCUGCGCGCCAUCCCACUGGAGGGUCCAGUACCAGCGUGGUCAGCAGGGGGUCGGCUCCGCCCUCGUCCCGCUGUCCCUCUCCACUGGGAACAUCUCCUCUCUACUGGACACUUCGGAGCACAACAACGCCAUGUUCUCCUCUUCGCUGGGGGUACGCCUGCGGUCACGCAGCCAGCCAAGGGAGGGGAAGAGACUGAUUGAGGUUCACCACCACAGUGAGGAAGAGGAGCUGUCUCCUUCCGAGACUGAUGACUUCCUGUCUGGGUUGGGGGAGCUGAAGGAGAAGUCCCAGCCGGACCACCCUCUGGCCAGUCUGAAGUACCAGCAGCGCACUGGCAGCCCCUGGAUUGAGAGGGGCCAAUCCCGCCUCCCCCGGAAGGUUGACAUGGGGAGCUGUGAGAUGUCCUCCAGCUCAGAUACCUUCUCCAGUCCGCUCCACUCUACAUCCACCAGGCGGGUUGUUGGGUGUCAGAUGGACCAUAAAGAUGACCACCAAUCUUCUAGUGGGAACUGGAGCGGCAGCAGCUCAACAUGCCCUUCCCACACCUCUGAGACCCUCCCCCCGGCUGCCUCCCCCCGGCUCACUGGCUCCUCCCACUGUGACUCGGAGCUGUCGCUGAACACCGGCCCCCACGCUACGGAUGACCCCGCCCCCAUCCUCAUCCUGGACCCAUACCAUACCGACCGGCAGCUGGACGAUGCAGGGGUCAGCAUGGCUAGUGAUGGGGAGUGGAGUUACCCCCACCCUGACUCCAGGCUCCAUGACUUCAGCCCUGAGCGCUCCAGAGAGGGGGAGGGGAGUCUGGGGUACCCCAGCUUUACCAGCAUGGCUACCUGUGAGAGCUUCAUUACAGACAAGCCUCCUUCUGAGAAGGCUGACACUGUAUCAUACUACUCCAUAGACAAUGAAGGAUACUACACCUCCAUGCACUUUGACUGUGGUCUGAAAGGGAGCAAGAGCUUCAUGUAUAACUACUCUGACUGUGGACAGGAGCACAUGACUCUGGGGAGACGCUGUCUGACAUUGAGGAAACUUAAGGCCAAGCCCUCUGCCCCCAGACGCAGCUCCUCACUAAGGAAGAUCAGCGGGGGGGGGAAUUCUCCUGAUGACACCGAACCAAAGAACCGCAGCGGGCAGCAAAGAAAGUCAUGUUCCCGAGAGAGGAGGUUACAGCUGGACCUAGAGGGCUCCCUGGGCCACCCUAACCUCCCUGACCCCCACCCUGCUCUGGGCCACCUGGAGGACCCUGUUCUGAGAAGGGAGGUGGGCUUGGGGGGGUUAGGGUUGGAGCAAGACCCUCUGGAGCCCCUAUUGGCCCUCGAGACCUGGCGGAGGGAGGACACCGAGGAGAUGCCGGGCUCCGGCCUGUUUGGUUCCUCUGACAGAGGCUCCUAUAAAGAUGAGGGAGCUGUCCAGUCAGACUAUGCAGAUCUCUGGCUUGUGAAUGACUUGAAGUCAAACACUGACCCCUAUCGCUCUCUGUCUAACUCCUCCACUGCUACCGGUACUACUGUUAUAGAAUGCAUAAAGUCUCAGGAGAGUUCAGAGUCCCAGACCUCCCAGUCAGGAUCCACCCCCUCACUGCCAUCAGUAGAAGACUUCAAGAUGUCCUCCCUGCCCUCAGUAGAAGGGGACUUCAAGAUGUCCUCUCCAGAGAGGCUGGCUGGCUUAGUGUCACCAUCUAGUGGCUACUCCAGCCAAUCCGAGACCCCCACCUCUUCCUUUCCCUGUGCCUUCUUCCCCAGUCCCCUGUCACCCACCAAUCAGAAGAGGAAGCCCAAGAUUCCAGAGAGGAAGUCAUCUCUGUCCAUCACCUCCACCAGAGAUCUGGAGCUGCCAGUCAUCCCCCCCAGCCACCAGAACUUCAGUGCCCUUUACAGCCCUAACCCUACCAGCCCUCCUCCAGUCUCUACCAAGCCCCCAGGCCACAGGAACCAGCUCUACCUCCUGCAGCAAAGCAAGCAGACGGCAGCGGCAUCGGCCAGGGCUGAGGCCAGAGUGGCAACCGAGACCUCCAGCAGUUUUCCCAUGACCAUUACCCCCACCGUGCUGCACUCAGUCCAGCUGAGGUCUGUGGGGAAGCAAGGAGAGGGGAGCCCUGCCCGGCCCGGCCCAGAUGUUGCCACCAGACCCAAGUGUCCCACUGUGAACAUCAGCCCCCCUUCCAGCAGCAGGUCCCCUGAGUCUACAACCAGGAAGCCUCCAGCCUACAACUCCCAGGUUCCCCCCUCUCAACAGUACUGUGAGUCACUGUUGGCCCCCAGUGAAGGCCCCGUCCCUAGGGACCCAGCAGGUCACAGUAGUGUGAGGUACAGGCAGGACAAACACCCUGCUGAAGCCCAGUGGUGUACCACCGCCUUCAGACAGCCUGUAGACCAAACACUGGCAGACCAGGAGAGACUACCAGACCAGGAGAGACUACCAGACCAGGAGAGACUGGCAGAAGAGGACCAUACCAUCAGAAACCAACACCAGCCCCUCCUAGACCAACACCAGCCCCUCCUAGACCAACACCAGCCCCUCCUAGACCAACAGUCCCUGCUAGACCAGGAGGUCUGCCAGAGGGGGGCUCAGUCCACAGGGGUGACCCCAGGUCAGGAGGUAGAGGAACAGAAAGCUCUAUUCCCUGGGAGUAGCAGCAGUCUGGAGGCAGAACAGUACCGACCACUACCACCUGAGCCAUCUGAACUACAGAGAUCUGAAGACCUUUCAGUGUUUCCUGGUCAGCACAGCUUAGCCACAACAUCAGAGAGUCGAGACGAAGUGCCUGUUAAAAGUUAUCAGUCGGAAACAUUGCAAGCUUAUCCAAUCAGCGAUGUGGCUGGCAGACAAGAGGAGUAUUCCAGACCCAGUGACAACUCUAUCUUUUCUCUGAGUGAGGAGACCAAGGCUGAGGGUGACGUCUUCCUGUCGCCCACCAAGACUUGCACUACAGAGGAGCUGUUUGCCAUGAUACACAGAUCCAGGAGAAAAGUUCUAGGUAGGAAGGACUCUGGAGAGUUAAGUGCUCGGAGCAGUCUGUGUGCCCCAGUCACCCCACCUGGCAACACUAUGACUUCUCUGGUGAACCCCAGCACCCCAACCACCCCCACUGGCCCCCAGAAGGCCCCGGGGCCCAUCUACCGCAGCAUGAAGAAGUCCAGCACCUCCCACGAGGAGUUUAAACUUUUACUCCUGAAGAAAGGCAGCCGGUCAGAUUCCAGCUAUCGCAUGUCAGCCACAGAGAUCCUGAAGAGCCCCAUCAGCCCCAAUGCCCCUGGAGACCCCCUUGCUGAGAAGCCCCUCUCCCCUCCGCCAGGCAUGGAGAAGCUCCCCAGCCCCUUCACAGAGGGCUUCUCUCCUAAAGGCCUGUCCACUGCAGCCUGUCCCAGACAGAGCCGAUCCCGCAUCCCUCCUCCACCCACCAGCAGCCGCUACAGCAUCCGCAGCAGGCAGCACCCAGCCCCCAUGCAGGCCAUCUCAGAGGGCGAGACGGAGAACUCAGACAGGAGCCCUUCCUAACAUACAGCACCUUUCACCCUUCAGAAAUGUAAAACAGAGGAACAUCUUAAGGUUUUAGAACACAUAGUAGAGAACAACUGGACCAGAAUGACUUAGAACAUUUUAACUGUGUCUAACUAUUUAUAAUACAGUAUCUAUUUCUGCUUUUAGAUUUUGGUAUUGAAGGAAAACCGAGACUUAAGAACAGAAUUGAGAGAGAGAAACUUCUGUAGCUAUGUUCUAUUGAAAAAAGAAAUGCUUUUUAAACUGUUAGGAAAGUAAACCGGAAUAUGUACUGUGCUAUAUGAAGGCUGUUUUUCUAUCAAGGCAACCUUGUGUUGUCGUUCUACAGAAAAUACAUGGGUAUCUUCCAUUGUAACCGUAACCCUUAACCCUUAAUCCUUAACCCUUUUAUGAUAUUGCUGGAAAAUUCCACAUGUAUAGAAUAUAUCGGUAUAAUGAGAUUUACAGUAUAAUAUAUUCACUUUUCACUAAUGGUGUAAAAGUUGUGAAAUAACUUAAGAAUAACACAGUAUGAGUCAUAAUACCCAUAAAGGAUGGCAGCCAAACAGGUAAAUGGUUCGUUUUUCUAUCAUUCAUUUUUCCCAUAGAAACAUGUAAAAUAAGGGCUGUGUUUCGUGGCCUUAUUUCUAUUGCAGCAUGUUAGAUGACUGUCAUUCAUAUUCCAUUCACCUAGUUCAAUGUUACUACAUGAUACUCUGAUUUUCCCUAUACCCAUUAUGAGGUUGCUACAACCUAGCCUAUGAAUUAAAGUUUUCAACAUAGGUGUACACAGGCCGAGAGAGAACUUUGAGAUGAUAGUGAUCCAUGGACAGACAGUGACCCAUGGACAGACAGUGAUGCAUUCAAUACCACCUUGCACACUCCUGCCUGCAUCUAGCUGAUCUAGGGUGUAAUCAUUAGUCCAACAUUUGCAGACAAGAGUUUCUAUUGGACAAAUUAAUGUAUUUUAUCCCCGUUUUUGUUUGCAUCCGUUUUAAAGAAAGAAAAUCCAACAGAAUGAAUACGUCCCUGAUCACACAUAAACACAGUUCACUUUCAUAGCAGCCACGUUGUAUUCAU